AUGCGAAUUGCUUUUAAAUUUAUAUUAUUACUAAGAAUUAAGUUUAGGGUAAGACAUAAUUUAAUACGUAAAAUUGCAAUGUUCCGAGAUAUUUCUACCACCGUUACAAAAUGCGAAAAGGCUAUGGAGAAUUUAAAAAAUAAUCCAUACUUUGAAAAAUACUCUGAUAGGAUCGCAGCCUUGCAAAAACAAUCUCCUGAAGAAUUCUUAAAAAGGCUCGAGACACAGCGAAAAACGCGUGAACAGAGGAAUGUCGAUAAAGUUGACACUAGGAAAUUUUCUUCAGUUUUAAACCCUAAAGAAAACUUAAAUAGUAAUGCAAAAGUUGAAGACAAAAAACUUGAUGAAAUCUUUAGAACUGAUUUGGUAAGGGAUAAAGAGUCUUCAGAAAUACAGUUAAUAUGGGAGGAGUAUCACAAAAAUAAACAAGUCAUAUGUGCAACCAUUCCUUCAAAAAUAUACAAAGACAUGAGAAAGAGGAUGACAGACAAUCCAACCUUUCUAUUCCCUCUACCUCGCUCGCAGGGAUUUGAAUUUAUCAUGUGUCAGAGUUAUGGACAUUCAGUUCACUUUACUCCACUUCUUGCUUACCAGGUGCACAAGGAAAAUGCCCCAGAAUGCCUCACAAUGACCCAUUAUAUAGAGUUAGACGAUAAGGGAAUUGUACUCAUGAGAGGAGAAUAUGAUAAGAAUGUGUUAGACGGACAAGAGGCACAGUGUUUAGCUAAUCAGUUUCAAAUGUACUAUAAUGGCAAGGAUAAAGAAAAACUACAACUACUUCUAUCUUUUACGAAAUCACCACAGUCAUUCAAACACAUGGACCUUAUUGCUCAACUUGAAAAAAUCACCUUUGUUUGA